UUAUUAAACAAUGCUAGCGACCGUUUUUAUAGAUGUCGUAUAACAAACAAACCUACAUAUACGCUAAACAUUUUACAUAAAAUUACAAACUUAUACAACAAUUAUUCACAAUUCAUUUGGAUCUAAACAAAAAAUGAACAAAAAAAGUAGUUUUGAAAAGAAUUAAUAAACUUAAAAAAAUAAAAAUUCAACAACAAUUAUUUGAAACUAAACUUGUUGGCGUACGAAAAAAAUCGAAUGGAAACUUUAAUAAGAUAACAAAGAUAUUCAACAACCAUUGUAAGCAACUCACCAAUUAUCAACAACGAACCACCAUAACAAAUCUAGCUGAUUCUUCUCGAUGAAACGCUUUUGGCAUUAACUAUUCUAUAAAAAUUAUCCAAGUGGCGUAAAAGGAAAAGAGUAAUGGAAACUAUAAUAAGCUAACAAAGAUAUUCCAACAAGCAUUUUCAACAAAACAAAGCCCCAUACCAAUUAUCAUCAACGAACCACCAAGACGAGUCCAUCGGAUCCUUAAAGAUGGAGCGCAUGUGGCGAAAAGUGAACCACAGUUUGCGAAACACCAACAAACACCAGCAACCACAGUUGCCGCCGGGUGGCGAGGCAAUUUCCGGUGGUGCCGCCACAGGAGCCACUGCAGCAGCCACGCCCCAAUCCACCGAUACGAUUAGUUCGGCGGGUGGCUUUGGCGAUGGUCAGCUGGUGGUCGCUGUCCAGGGAUUGGCCACCGGCGGAGGAGGAGGAGGAGGAGGAGGUGGUGGCGGCUCCAUUUCAGCCACCGGCGGCAGCAAUGCCACGGGAAGACGCCUGGCGAGCAGUGGCGGUGGAGUGGGUGGUGGAUGCAACAAGUCCCUCAGCCAGCAUGUCCUGCAAACACGUACCGCCUCCUCCGAACGCCGCAGAAGACGCAGGCGGAAGAGUCGACCGCGACGGGGCGGCGGAAUGGGAGCGGUCACCAGUUGCGUCGGAGAUCCCGGCGGCGAUAAUAUGUCCUCCUCGGGCGGCUUUUACACCCUGAAAGAGCACCAGCACUAUCGCCCCAGCCACCAUCAUGGUGGCGGGGGCGUUUCCGGCGGCGGAGGAGGCGGCUCAUCGCGUCGUCUGUUCGCCACAUCGGCGCCCAGCGGCACAGUGAUGAUGUAUCCGAAUCCCCAGCGAGCCACGGCACUGGGACCAUCUGGAGGAUCUGCUGCCGGACAGGCAUCCACUUCGGUUGGAGGAGGAGGCGGAGGAGCAGGAGGAGGUGGCGCAGGAGGAGCAGUCGGAUCCGGAUCUGGAGGACAGCCGGACAUCUCACUGCGACAGCGGGCGGUGGCCAAGUUGCGCAUGUUCAACUUCCAUCUCAACUGGGAUCUGCACAUGACGCACUGCAAACCCUGCGGUCCUCGUUUGAGCAGCAGUGGCGGCAACAUAAUCACCCGCCGCCUGUGCCGCAAUCGUCGGCGGGAGGACAACGAACUGUACCGCUCCAAUAGCUUUAAAUUCGAGCGUUUCGAGCGGAAGGAGUGCCUGGAGGAGCUAUCCAACACGUUGCAAAAGCAGAUUGCCAUCUGUGAUGAUUACAGCCUGCCCGUAGACUUUGUUAAAAAACGACCGUCCAGCUUCGAUCCGUGCCUGGCGGAGGCGAUACCAGCGAAUCCCGAGCACUGGAUUGCCCCCAGUCCGCAGACCGAGUUUCUGCCAUUUGGCGAAGCCCAACAAGCGUUGCAGCUACCAACGGCGGCAGCAGCAGCAGCAACAACAUCAGCAGCGGCAGCAGCACCUCAACUACCGCCCCCGCUGCCCGCCCCCGUGGCAACAUUGCCCAGUCAGGCGGCAACGGCAGCAGCAGCAGCAACAGCUGCAAUUUUGGCCACCCACCAGCAGCAGCAGCAGCAGCAGCAGCAGCAACAUCAGCAUUUGAACAGCAACAUCAACAACAACAACGGCGGCAACACACACAGCCAACAGAAUACGCACAACAACAACAACAAUACAUUGCCAGUUGGGGCACAACAGCAACAUCAGCAACAGCAGCAACAACGUGCAACAUUGCAACAUCCGCCGUUGCCCAAUAGCAACAUCAAACAGGCAUCGGUGAAAUUGAUCGAAGGAUAUUCAGAUCCCAAGGAUACGCGUAAUCACAAGAAGGUCUACCACAAAAAGGCCAAGAAACGGACGGCUCCUGGCCACAAGCGCCAUCAGCAGCAGCAACAGUUGCAGCUGCAGCAGCAGCAACAGACAUUGCCAACGCCCAGAAGUGCCCAGCAACAGCAGCAGCAACAGUUGCAACAGCGACACUCCACCUACAACAACAACAACGGCAACUUGAGAAAGGAUAAACGGAAUAGCCAAUAUAAUUCAGAUUCCUCAGCGCCAAAAUCCUCCGACGACGAGGCGGACAUCGACGAGGAGGUUGAGCAGCAGCCACUGCCCGUGCCCCAAGCUCCUGCCCAAGCUGCUCCCUUAGCGGCGGCGGGUCUCAACUCUCCGGACUCCAUAUCCGAUGACCUGGUGCGUCCGCUUCCGCCGCAACUACAGCGCAGUCCGCGCAAACUGACCGUCGCUCCGGCGGAGCACAACAAGCGCCAGCCCUCGCCCUACUACUACUCCGAUCUGCUCAAGAGUCGGGACAAGGACAAGGACAAAGAUAAGGACAAGGACAAGGAUAAGGACAGGGAACGGGACAAGGACAGGGAGGACUUCAAGCUCAAGUGUCGCCAGUCGACGGCCAGCGAACCGCCGCAGUCAACCCAAAGUCAAUUGGGUGGCUAUCGCAAGAGCUCCAGCUUGGAUGUGCCGCCGGCGGAGGAGCAGCCGGAAGCAGAGAGCCACGAGGAGGAGGAUCCCCGGACGGGACAGGACUCGCAGUCCACGCCCAAGCGCUACAGCUUCACGGAGGAGGGUGUCCACAUCAUACGCUGCGAGACACCCAGCACCAGUACUUCCGAGGAGUCCGACUGCAGCGAGUGCCUCAAGCGACGCGAGUGGCACGCCCGAGCCUUGGCCCUAGUCCGCAAGACCUGCAACGUUCAGCCGAGGAACCAGAUUCAGAUUCAGAAUCAGAUCCAGAGCCAGAGUCAGGGACAGAAUCCCACUGGCAGCGAGCUCCAGCUGCAGCUGCAGCACUGCGACGCCGGCGAGGGCGAGCUGCUCAAGUGCUGUCCACCGCCCCCGGCUCCAGCGGAGAUCCAGGCCCAGGUCCAGCCGAUGCCACCGCACCGCCUGCUGGGACCAGCAGCCGUGUGCGGAGCCUGCAUCACAUCCGCUCCUGCCUCCUCCUCCUUGGCCGGCGGACGGGGCAGCGAGCCCGGCGAUGAUUUGGAGGAGGAGUACUUCCGGCCGCGCAGCAUCUUCUAUGUGCAUCCGCAUGGCGUCCACGAGUGCGCCGAGUGCGCCCAGCCAGCCCAGCCAACGAUUGCGACUGCGACUGCCAAUCAACCGUCGACGCUGAGCAAUCCAUCGCUCGAUCUCUACGACGACGACGAGGACGAGGUGGACGGCGACGAGGACGAAGAGGACGACUCCGAGGACAUCAUGGGCAGCCGGCGGCGUCAGAUCUACGAGACGGCUUUCGACUGCAAGAUAGCCAAGUCGGAUGACGAUCUGGACGAGGUGGAUCGCAUCACCAACUGCUCGGUGCUGCUCCAGCUGAGCAACGGCAAUGGGAGCGGCACUAGUGACAUCGGCAAGGCAACCACCGGCUCCUCCAAGACGCGGGCGGAGUGCAAGCGGGCCAAGAACUCGAAGAACCAGGCUCUGCAGGAGCAGACGGGCGAGGCCCAUGUCCAGGUGCACCAGGUGCAGGCGGAGCUGGGCAAGCUGCAGCUGAUCAGCCAGGUGGACCAGCAGAAUCAGAAUCAGCAGCAGCAGCAGCAGCAGCAGCCGCCAAGCCAGGGACAGCAGCUGCAGCUUGGAGCCACCGCCGGAAGUGGAGUAAGUGCGUCCAGCACCCAGCAGCUGCCCGUGCGCGGCUACACCCCGUCGCCCCCCUCGACGGCGCCGCUGCCGAUGAAGUUUCCCGGCAAGCACGAGCGCUACCUGAACAUGAACAGCAUCCGCAGUGCGCCCAAUCUGCCCGCCGCCAAUCCAGCGCAUCCGCGUCUCCGGGAUCUCCGCCUGCCCAUCCAGUCGAUGCGGAAUCAGUGUGGCGGUGGCGGCGGUGGCGGGAGUAGCAACGACAACAGUCUCACCGACAGCGCCUACGUGAAUCCGCCCUCGACCAACUCGAACUCGAAUGCGGCCUCCGGAUCCGCUUCGGCCUCCGUUUCGGCGACAGGAUCGGCGGCAGCUGUACGCCGUCCCCGAUCCUUUGUCCUGGAAUCGGGCCGAGUGCUCGAGCUGCGUCGCAGUGCCCAGGGUGGUCAUCAUCACCAUCAUCAGCAGUCGGGCGGCGGUGGCGGCGGUCAGUCGUCGCACCAUCACCAUCAUCAUCAUCACCAUGGCGGCGGCGCCGGAAGUCGAAGCAGGAAUCGCCAGGCCCAGGGACAAACGGCCGGCGGCGGAGGUCACAACUACAGCAGCACCGAGAGCAUCGCCACCUCGAGCAGCGGCGGCAGCAUGGAGUCGCUGCGUUCCAGCACCAGCGAGGGCAACCGCAGCACCUCCAGCUCCGAGUCGCGUCACUCCAGCUCGCUGAGUUCGCACAGCUCGGAAAGUGGUAGCGGUGGCAGCGGUGGCUCCAGCGUGGCCUAUCCCCUGCGUCCGGCUCCCCUGCUGCUGCACUCGAAGCUGCACAUCCUCAGUCCCAUUUCCGACAAGUCCUCGCAGGAACCGGCCUCGGCGAGUGCCUCGGAGCAGUCACAGCAGCCGUCCCAGGCUCCCAUGGCGGCGCAGGAGGAGGAUUCCAGUGCGGCCCCGCCAGGCAGCGCCGUCCAGGUGACUAAUCCCACCUCCGCCUCCAUGAAGCAGAGAAGCAAUCGCGGCAGUGGUGCCCCCAACAAGGCCCUCCUCCAGCUGGCCGACGAGCUCUUGGGCUCGGACAGUGGGAUAUCGCUGCAUUCGCGCGAGGAGGGCAAACCGCAGGCCCUGGCCCUGCAGCGUUUGACGCUGCCCAAGCUGCAGCUAAUCGGAGCCGAGGGAAACACCAUCACCACCACCACCACCACCACGAACACCUCCUCCUCGGGGGCUGGGAAUUCGGCAGGGGCUGGAGGCUCUGGAGCCACUGCCUCUGGCUCGGCUGGCCUGCCGCAGGAUCUGCGGGAUCUGCCCUUCGAUAUGCCCAAGCUGAGGCGCCGCAAGACGCUGCAGCAGGAGGCCGCCUGCACCUCGGGCAGUGCCACGUCCGUGGAUCUCGGCGAGCUGCCCUUCGACAUGCCCAAGCUGCGGCGGCGCCUGCGGGCCAACCAGGCGGAGAUCAACAACCUGCUGAUGCACAGCACCGAGUCCAGCGGCAUCUCGCAGGCCUCCUCCAGCCACUCGAUGCGCGACGAUCAGAAGUUGGCCAGCAAGUUGGAUACGGCACUCUUCCGGCAAAACCUCACCCUCAACCUGAACGAUUCGCGGCAGGCGAGCAAGCAGUUCGGCAGCCUGGAUCUGCGGGGACUCAACAGCAACAAGGAGCUGAACAUGAACCUCAGCCAGGGAUAUGUCACCGCCGUGGACUUGAUCGAUGUCACCAUUCCACUGGAGCGGCAGGGUUGGUACCAUGGCGCCAUUACGCGAGUCGAGGCGGAGACCACGCUGCGUCCGCUGUCCGAGGGAUCCUUUCUGGUGCGCAACUGCGAGUCGACCAAGCAGGAUUACUCGCUUUCCCUCAAGGGCGCCAAGGGCUUCAUGCACAUGCGAAUCCAGCGCAACGAGACCGGCCAGUAUAUCCUGGGCCAGUUCAGCCGUCCCUUCGAGACGGUUCCCGAGAUGAUCCGGCACUUUUGCCUCAACCGGCUGCCAGUUCGCGGUGCCGAGCACAUGUGUCUGAUCGAGCCGGUCAUCGCCCAGCUGCUCUAGAGGAAUUCGAGGAUUCAGGAGGAGGAACCAAACCAAACAGAAUUACAUAUUAAUAGCCUGUAGAGGACUUAGGAACCUAUGUGAACAUGUGUAUGCACUAGUUAUAUACGCGAUAGUUUGUAAACCGAAGAUGGCAAUUUUUUCAUGUUUUUUUUUGUUUUUGUUUGUGGCCUCGAAUUUUGUAUGUCGGUCUACUAGCAAACGAGCAAAGAAAAAAAGAAUACACCCACUCACUCACGACACACGAACUAGUUUAGCGUUUAAAGUACGUAGCACAUUCAGACAAUACCAGCAAAUUACAAAAAACAAAACAAAAAACCAAAAAC